AUGUCCAAGCGGCAGGCUGAUUCGCUCGAUGAUGCAGUCCAGAGCGACUCGCCUGCAGCCAAACGAGCCCGCACCGAAGAGCUCGCCGACGAGAACGAGGCAGCUCGUGCCAAUGGCUUGCCCAUUCGCCAGAACGGCCGCCACACAUCGCCCCAGCGCGGGCAGGCAGAUGUUGCAGAGGAGGCAGGCGCACUGGGCGACGAGGACGACGAGCCCGCAGUCACUGCUCCGGCGCGCCAGGCAGCUCCGGCCGAGGGCUACAAUGAUCUUUACCUGGACACAAUUGAUAGGAAGGUCUUGGACUUCGACUUUGAGAAGCUAUGCUCGGUCACGCUGUCGAAUAUCAACGUCUAUGCGUGCUUGGUGUGCGGGCGCUACUACCAGGGCCGCGGGCCAAAAUCGCAGGCAUACUUCCACGCGCUGGACGAGGGCCACCAUGUCUACAUCAACUUGGAGACGAAGAAGGUAUACGUCCUGCCGGAGGGCUACGAGGUGAAGAGCAAGUCUCUCGAGGACAUCAAGUUUGUGGCGGACCCGAGGCUUUCGAAGGAGGAAGUAAUGAAGCUCGACAAGGAACAGAAAUCCGCCUGGGAUCUCGUCGGCCGCAAAUAUAUACCCGGCUUUGUUGGUAUGAACAACAUCAAGGCCAACGACUACUUCAAUGUCGCCAUACACGCUCUCGCACAUGUCACCCCCCUCCGCAACUUCUUCAUGAUCGAAGACCUCUCCACCAGGCCCCAGCUUGCCCAACGUUUCAGCACACUGGUGCGCAAGAUCUGGAAUCCGCGCGCGUUCAAGGCGCACGUCUCGCCCCACGAACUCUUGCAAGAGAUUGCCUUACGCUCGUCCAAGCGCUUCACCCUCACCGAGCAGUCUGACCCUGUGGACUUCCUUCAGUGGUUCCUCAACAACCUGCACCUCUCUCUUGGCGGAAGCAGGAGCAAGCCUGGUUCCAGCAUUGUGCAGCGCGUCUUCCAGGGCAGCUUGAAGAUUGAGUCGCAGCUCAUCACGGCACGCGCCGACGCGGCUGACCGCCUCCGGUUUGAGGACUCCGAGGUGCAAUCUGAAAAAAGUCAUUUCAUGAUCCUGACUCUGGAUCUGCCGCCUCGCCCAGUCUUCCAAGAUGAGUUGGAGAAGAACAUCAUUCCUCAGGUACCGCUGACGAGAAUCCUGUCCAAAUACGACGGCGUCUCGGCGCAAGAGCACCUGAACUACCGCAAGCGCUACCGCCUGCUGCACCCUCUGCCGCCGUACCUGCUCUUCCACAUCAAGCGCUUCAGCAAGAAUAAGUUCGUCUCCGAGCGCAAUCCCACCAUCGUCACGUUCCCCACGCGAAGCCUUGACAUGAGUCCUUACGUCGAGCCUAACCCUGCAAUUCACCCGCCAGGUGAACCAAUCUGGUAUGACCUCGUCGCAAACAUCACGCACGAGGCCGUCCGGAUUCGGGACGACAGCGUCGAGGGGGAGUCGGAGAAGAAGGUGUGGAGAGUGCAGCUGCGGGAUAAAAGCCGCGAGGACUGGCUCGAGGUGCAGGACUUAUUUGUCGAAAAGGCGCGCGCGGAGACACUGUUCACGAAGGAGAGCUAUGUGCAGGUCUGGGAGAAGCGGAGGGAGCCGAGAAAGGGAAAGGCCAAGGCGUAA